GAUAAUUUACCAAGCUGACCCCGCUAUGCCAAUCUUUAUAUAGCCUAUAAUUUUUUCCCGGAAAAUAACACAGACCCGUAAAAACCCGCCUUUGUUAACAGUUUACUUGUUGCAUGAAAUUGAAAAACCAAAGCAAUCAUCACAAACCCUAAAUUGUUAUUAUUAGCAAAUUUCUGAUCGCGAUUUUUUUGGCUUUUAAUUUUUAUUGAGGGCAAAUGCAGAAAGGUGCAAAGAGUAAAUGCACAUCUUCAUCACACAAUCGGUUAUUGGACAAUGCAAAAAACCGGAUUAAUGAUCUUCAGGAAAGAUUCACUAGUCUCCAAUCUGCGAGAACGGAGGGUAGAACUAGCGAUGUUGCUGUGUUGGAAGAACAGGUGUAUCAGAGUCUUCGAGAAUGGAAAGCUGAGCUAGAUGCACCAUCCCCUGCUUCGUCUUUGCUUGGUGGUAGUAUUGGAACAUUCUCGGAGGAUAUAAACCGCCUUUUGCAGUUAUGCGAGGAACAAGAUGAUGCUACUAGUCCAUUGGUUGAACAGCCAGUUUUGAAGACUGAGCUUAAUGGUCAGGAUGUACAUAUUGGCAAUUUUACAGCUUUUGACUAUGGUUACUUUCCAAACAGCGACGCUCAAGUUUUUAGCUUUCAAGGAUUUGAUCAAUGCAACAAUUCCUCCAUAGAUUUGCAGAAUACAGUGGGCGGUAUCUCUGAUAUGACUGAAUUUUUAGAGUGUCAACAGUUCAUUUUGGAUAAUGAAUUUGAGGGGGGGCUUUGUACCGCUACUAAUGAAUCUAAAGCGUUUACGGGAAGUGCUGAGGUCCUGCCUAUCAGUCCUCCUACUUCUGCUUUCAUGGGGCCAAAAUGUGCGCUCUGGGACUGUGCCAGACCUGCUCAAGGAUCUGAAUGGCUUCAAGACUAUUGUAGCAGCUUUCACGCUACUCUGGCUUUGAAUGAAGGUCCACCUGGUAUGUCUCCAGUUCAGCGGCCCAAUGGCAUUGAUUUGAAAGAUAGUUUACUAUUUAGUGCUCUCAGUGCCAAGACGCAGGAUAAGAAUGUUGGUAUCCCUCAAUGUGAAGGGGCUGCUAGUAUGAAAUCUCCAUGGAAUGCUACUGAGUUGUUUGACCUUUCCUUGCAUGCUGGCGAAAAAAUUAGAGAGUGGCUCUUUUUUGAUAAACCUCGAAGGGCAUUUGAAAGUGGAAGUAGGAAGCAGAGAUCCUUGCCAGACUACAAAGGGCGUGGUUGGCAUGAAUCCCGAAAGCAAGUGAUGAAGGAGUUUGGGGGGCUUAAGAGGUCCUAUUACAUGGAUCCUCAACCUCCUGGUUGCUAUGAGUGGCAUUUGUUUGAAUACGAGAUCAGCAAAUCUAAUGCUUGUGCAUUAUAUAGAUUAGAACUCAAGCUUGUGGAUGAAAAGAAGACUUCCAAAGGGAAAGCUAUGAAGGAUUCUCUCGCCGACUUGCAGAAAAAGAUGGGAAGGCUCACUGCUGAUACCAAUGCAAGUAGUCCCCCGAGUAGGGGCAAGACAAAGCCUGAUAAAAAGGCUGCUGAUGGAGAUGUUAAUAUUGCUCUAGAUCGUAAGACUUCUAAUGCUUAAAGCUUAUGCUGGGAUGUCAUACAAUCAUCUUCCUAAUAGCUUUGAUUGACUAUACGUUAUGGGAGCAGCUUUUGGUUGAAUUUCGAAGCUAGCAGCAUUCUUAAACAUGAUAUUGAUGACCUUUUUGGGAUCAGUAUCGCUGCUGGUCUACAUAGCACAGAAAUGCUGAGACAGGAGAAACAAUGACGUUUUUUACAAAAAUAUGUCAAAAGUUUAGUUUCAGAGUUUCAACUUUUGGUCAGAAUAUGGAAACCCAAGUAUGAAAUGUAUAGUGGAAGAUACCAAUGGUGCACUUAUGUUUUAUGUACACUACAAUGAUUAGUUCUUAUAUUGAUCGAUUUUGCAUUGAUAUCAAGUUUGUACAAGAAAAUUGUGGACUUGAAUGUGCUCUUGGAAGUUUGUGUUGCAUCAUGCAACAUGGUUUAACUCAA